ACUCCACCCUGCUUAUUAUUGAAAAUCGAAAUUAAAUUCUAGUUUGAGGAUCACUUAAAAAAUAUUCGUGCAGCCAUGACUGACUCGGAUGAGACCGCUUGGAUCCACUGGUUCUGCAAGCAGCGCGGAAACGAGUUCUUCGCCAUGGUGGACGAGGACUACAUCCACGACAAGUUCAACCUCAACUUCCUGGACACGGACGUGAACAACUAUCGCUGCGCCCUCGAGGUGAUACUCGACCUGAACGCUGGCUCCGGCUCCGGCUCCGAUAAUGCCGCCGAGCCCGAUGUGGAGGCCAGCGCUGAGAAGCUCUACGGGCUGAUUCACGCCCGCUUCAUACUGACCAAUCGCGGCAUCGACCUGAUGCUCGAGAAGUUCCAGAAGGGCGUCUUUGGCACAUGCCCGCGCGUCUUCUGCCAGCGCCAGCACGUGCUGCCCAUCGGCCUCAGCGACAAUCCCGGCGACGAAAUGGUGCGUCUCUACUGUCCCAAGUGCAACGACGUCUACCUCCCGAAGUCCGCGCGCCACGCCAGCCUGGACGGCGCCUUCUUCGGCACUGGCUUCCCCCAGAUGCUCUUCAUGGUGAAUCCGGAGGUGCGACCCAAGCGAGCAAAGGCCAAGUUUGUGCCCAGACUUUAUGGCUUCAAGAUCCAUCAGCUGGCAUAUCGCGCUGAGCCACAAAAGGACUCGGUGGAAGUUGAAACCUAAAAGUCCCGAAAUUGUGCGCCCCCGUAACGAAAUUCCACAUUUGAAAUCCUCUGUCUGUUCUUUCUGUUCAUCUGAUACGAGUAUCAGACCCGUUAAACUCCCAUAAUAAUAUAACUCAUAACCAUAAUUAG